UUGUUGGAUCCAGGGAAGGUAUAGUACAGUUUACACAGCUCGUGCGGGAAAUGGAGAGUAUGGACAACGAGGUCGCACGUCUCCACAACCAGAUCCGAAGUCAUUACUUGCCUCCAGUCUCGAUCAGCUCCACUGUCGAUACAUCUUUGUAAAUCGGUGACAAUUAUAAAGAGAUAAAGGAAUCUCAAAUAAAUAAGAUGAGGAGAAGAAAAUACUACCAGUUUAUAGUGGUCGCGAGUGUUCUCAUAUACGUUUACUAUUUCUUUGGUGUGUGUGACUAUAUGAACACGAAGAGUUUUGACAAAGACUUCCAUUACCCUCUGGAUGUAAACAUUCAGCCAUUGAUCAGCAAUGUGCUAGUCAAUAAGAUGCCGGAACAUCCGCCGAUUAAUGUUUACCCGUACAAAUUCCUAAGCAAUUCGGUAAAAUGUUUAACACAGGAAAGAUUAGACCUGUUCAUCGUCGUCAAAUCGGCGAUGGGGAAUUUCGAGCAACGUAACGGUAUUCGGCAGACUUACGGCCAAGAGAAAUUAAUAACGGGAAAGAUAGUACGGAUAUUAUUUUUCAUCGGAAUCGAUGACCAAGUUAAAUCUCCAAUGCAGAAGAGAAUAGAAGAGGAGAUGGCAAUAUUCAAUGACGUAAUCCAAAUGGACUUCCACGACAGCUACUUCAACAAUACGAUCAAAACGAUGAUGUCCUUCCGCUGGCUAUUCGACCACUGUUCCAACGCUAACAAUUACCUAUUCACUGAUGACGACAUGUAUAUAUCGGUCAAGAAUCUCUUGACGUACGUUGAAAACGAAGCGCCGGAGAAUGUAAUCACAAGACAAGGGAGCAAGGGGGACAGGGACUCGGUGAUAUUACACGAUGGAAGUCAAAAGAUUAUAUUUGCGGGUUACGUGUUCAAUUCCUCGCCUCAGCGCUUUCGAUCGAGCAAGUGGCAUGUGAGCCUGGAGGAGUAUCCGUGGAACCAAUGGCCGCCGUACGUCACAGCGGGCGCGUUCGUUGUAUCCAAUCGUGCUAUGAAAAUAUUUUACGCGGGCAGUUUGUUCGUUAAGCAUUUUCGCUUCGACGAUAUUUAUUUAGGUAUUCUCGCGAAAAAGAUUGGACUCGAGCCUACUCAUUGCUCCAAGUUCUAUUUCUAUAAGAAGAAGUACAGCGUUGAGGGCUAUCGCGACGUGAUAGCGUCACACGGCUAUGACGAUCCUCAAGAGCUGUACAAGGUUUGGAGUGAACAAUACUCAUUGUAGCUUCGUAAGUACAAUUAUAUUCAAUAUACUGUAAUCAGGAGUAAAGAUAAACAAAUCUUAGAUAAACAUACCAUCGAUCGGUUUGUUAAUAGCUCUGCUAUGUCAUGCACAAACUGUUAUCGAUUAAUAUACCCUUAUAUAUUAAUAUUGUAAUUAGAAACUGUCUCUGUUCCGACGUCACGGUUUAAACACUGAACUGAUUUUGAUGAAAUUUAUUAUGAAGCAAGCUUGAAACCCAAGAUAGGACACUUUUUAUACUUAACACAUGCACGCCCCCCCCCCUUGCUAACAUGCAGGCAAUGCACUUAUGUUUUACUAGCAAAAGUUCCAAGACAUUUAUUUUAGAUGUAUUGUCAUUUCAAGAUCAGUCGCUUAUUUAUCUUUACUCCUAUCAUUGAUAUAUAUAUAUAUAUAUAUAUAUAUAUUAUGAAAUUGUCAUUGUCAUAUAUAUAAGUUUGGGUAUGUUAUAUUAAGCUUACAUAAAAUUUUGUGUAUAAAAUUCUUAUAGUAGUAAUCUAUUUUGUUUGUCUGUACGAUCAGGGCUAAAUUCUAAUUGCCAAAAAUAUAUUCUCAUGAUAUUGUAUGUUUGAUGUUAGGUAUUUACUGUUUGAAAAUUUCGGUUAUUGUUUGUAAUAGUAUGGACGCUCCUGUGCGUUCGAAGCGCUUAUAUCAAGGAAUCAGUUGUUAAAGCUACCGCCAUACUCUCGAUCGAACGAGGUAACUAUAAAAAAACUUCUUAGCAGUUUGUUCAGAGGCGGAGCCGCAAAUUCACUUGCACCUACAUGUGUGUUCCAUCCAUAAUGCGUGUUAUAUGUUUAUUAUUUCUAUUUACGAAUAAGUGUGCGUAAUCGAUUCAUAUUGGAAUCUUUUAUUUUUAAGAAAAUUAUGAUACUUUAGAAACGUUCUCAUUUUUUUUAAUAUUCAUAGUUAAUAAGUAUUCCUUUUUUGAAAAUAAAA